AAGAUAUAAAAUGCAUGUAAUGGGAAUACCAGAAGGAGAAAAAAGAAAAAAAGAAAUAGAAGAAAUAUUUGAAACAAUAAUGACUGUGCAGAAUGCCCCAAAUUAAUGUUAGACUUCAAACCACAGAUCCAAGAGGGUUAGAGAACACCAGUCAGCAUAAAUGCCCCAAAAAACUACACGUAGACAUAUCAUUUUUAAGCUGCAGAAAAUUAAAGAUAAGAAAAAAAAAUCAGGAAAGAAGUCAGAGGAAAAAACACCUUACCUAUAGAGGAACAAAGAUAAGAAUUACAUUCGGCUUCUCCUCAGAAACCAUGCAAGUAAGAAGAGAGUGAGUGAAACAUUGAAAGGGUUGAAAGGGAAAACCCACCAACCUAGAAUUCUGUACUCUGAGAAAUUAUCCUUUAAAAAUAAAGGAGAAAGACUUUUUUUCUUUUUUCUUUUUUUAAAAAGAUUUUAUUUAUUUAUUUGACAGAGAGAGACACAGCGAGAGAGGGAACACAAGCAGGGAGAGCAGCGGAGAGAGAGGGAGAAGCAGGCCUCCCGCCAAGCAGGGAGCCCGAUGCGGGACUCGAUCCCAGGACCCCGGGAUCAUGACCUGAGCCGAAGGCAGACGCUCAACGACUGAGCCACCCAGGCACCCCAAGGAAAAAGACUUUCUCAAAUGAACAAAAAUUGAGGGAAUUUGUUGCCAAUAGACCUGCCUUGCGAGAAAUGUUAAAAGAAGUUCUUCAGGGAGAAGGAAAAUCAUACAGGUCAGAAAUUCAGAUCUUAAAGGAAGAAUACUGGAAAAGAAAUAAGUGAAGGUAAAAUUAAAACUUGUAUUUUUUUAUUCCUUUUUUUUUUUAAAGAUUUUAUUUAUUUAUUUAUUUGAGAGAGAGAGUGAGCAUGGGGAGGAGCAGAGGGAGAAGCAGACUCCCCGCUGAGCAGGGAGCCUGGAUCCGGGAUCCCAGGACCUCUGGAUCACGACCAGAGUGGAAGGCAGAUGCUAAACUGACUGAGCCACCCAGGCACCCCACGAAAAGAGGAUUUGUUCUGCAAAUCCUUCCUUUUAAAAUUUGGGAUUUGUGGCACCAAAAAAAAAAGAAAAUUUUAGUGAAGAUAAUUAGCCCCUUUGAAUGUUAGCACAUAACCUCCACUGUCAAGUAUUGGGUUGAAAUGGAACAUACUUGAACUUAGGCAUGCAUGUGCAAAAUGUUAGUUGCCCUCUGAGAGAUGAGAUAUUAGAGUGAUACUUUAAGUUCACUGGCUUUCUCAACUUCAGACCUGCAGAAUAAUGUUGAACAGUAUCAUAUCACAACAGCCACUUGGGUUUCUAAUGUUAGUCAGACCUUCCUUUAUCUGUCCUAUGGAAGUUGGAUCACACAAUGAUUCAAGAUUGUCAGAAACCCUGGAUUUCAGCCUCUGCCCUAAGGAUUGCCAAGUACUGCUCUUUGGACAAAUCCCUUAAUCAUAUUGUGUCUUACUUGGUCUUCACUCUGGAAAAGGAUUAAAUCAAAUACAGACUACUUCCAGCCCUAAACUCUGAUUCUAUCUCUCCCUUAUGUUUUGUAAGGUAGUUGAGGGUAUAUAUAAGUUCCUGGACACCUAUUUCAAAGAUGAUGCCAAAAGCUUUUGGGAUAGGGAAUGAUAACGCUGUUCAGUUUUGUUUUUCUCACAUUCUGAUUUUAGCUUCUGCAUUUUGGUAGUAAGUGUUGUGGCUGGAGUUUUUCCCUCAGUGAAGAACUAUUGAGUGCCAACAUGGUGGUGGCUGCUUGAUGCUGAGGAUGAUUAAAGCAGGGACUUGAGAUGCUCUCAGGCUAGCAAGGGAGGUACAUGACACAGGGGUUUCUGAUGAAACGGCACUCAGCCAAGACAGGUUGUCAGAGAGUCUGCCUGGCUGCCACUCUUCCCAACAGGCCUCAUAGGUGGCACUCAUUACCUUAGAAUAAGGACCAUUGCCAACCUUCCAGGCUCAGAAACUUUAAGUGUAGUUAGCACACUAAGAAUGGAUCUGUCUUUUCAUUUAUUGAUUUAGUCAACAUUUCUUGAGCACCAGAAUUCUUGCAUUUAAAAUGAUGGAAAUUCAACUUAAAUUGGUGUGUGCCAAAAAGGGCAUGGGAGGGGGGCUCCUUAUACUGGGAAAUCUAAGGCAUGGGCAGAUUCAAGAGUUUGAAGAUAACAAGGCUGUCUCUCCAUCUCUUGGUCCUGCUAACCUCUGUUUGGCUUCAUUCUCAAACUCCCUCUGCAAGGAAUUGCUCUCAACACCAAGCCUACAACAUUCAUAUAGCUCAUGAUCCCUGAGUAAAAUGGAUCCUCUCUUUUAAAGCAGCCAUCCAGCACAUCUCAUGGAGGGGCAAGAUUGGCUCUGCUGAGCUCACAUAUUGAUCUCUGAACCAAUCCCUGUGGCCAAAUUGCCCAGACCUGGUGGUGGGGGUGUGGGGAGCAGGAUUAACCCCCUCCAACCAUAUGGAAUGAAUUCCCCACAGAAAGAAUGGGUUCUACUUUUAGAAGAAGAAGGAAGGGAUUUUAGGCAGGAAAACAAUAGAAAGAAUGAUAGCUAUUCAUAGCCAUCCACUGUGCUUAGCAUUGGGCAUAUACCAGCCACCAGGAUAGAGAAUGUCCCUGUCAUUAAGGAGCUUAUAUUCUGGGUGUGGAGGCACACACAAAAAUAAAAAAGCAGGUGAAAUAAUUAUAAAUUGUGUUGAAGCAAGGAUCUGAGAUAGAAAGUAAUGGCAGGAACAUUUUUAAAAUUACUGUGGGCUGGAAAGACUUGAGUGGGUGAUAUUUAAGCCAAGCCCUGAAGGAUAAAAAAGAGCCAGUAUGUGAAGAGACGGAGGAGUGGGCUCCAGGCAGUGGGGACAGGUAUAGAAAGAUGCUGAAAUGGGAAAGAAUUUGACAUGUUAGAGAAGAUUGAGGAGGCUGGAAUGUAGACAAGAGUGGAGCAGCCCACAGUAGACUGGAGAGAGAGAGAGGCAAGGACCAAGAUCUUGGGGCAUCUUAUGGUGCAAAGCUUGAGAUUUAUUCUAAAUAGUUUGGAGUGUCGUGAUUGUCAUUACACCAGUUUGAGGGCACUUCAGAAUCCGGAGAGAUGAAUGUGCCCUGGACUGGCACUGGUGAAAGGAGAUGGAAAGAAAAACGUGAGGGGCACAUGGGUGGCUCAGUUGGUUUAGCUGCUGCCUUGGGCUCAGGUCAUGAUCCCAGGGUCCUGGGAUCGAGCCCCACGUUGGGCUCCCUGCUCAGUGGAGAGCCUGCUUCUCCCUCUCCCUCUGCCUGCCUCUCUGCCUACUUGUGCUCUCUCUCUAUCUCUCUGUCAAAUAAAUAAGUAAAAUCUUAAAAAAAAAAAAAAAGGAAAGAAAAGCGUGGAUUAAAAACACAUUUGAAGGAUGAACUGGAGUUGCUGAUGUACUGGAGGGGAAGUGAGAGAAAGAGAGAAUCCAGAUCGAUUCCUAAACUUCUCCUGGGAAAGAUGUACGUCAGUUUCAUGAGAUUGGUGUAUAAAAUCAGAAUGCCAAUAUGUAACUGUGAUGUGGACCAGAAUUAAUUCUGUGUGAUCCUAAUCUCUCCCAGUAAGCAAAAUCCCUGGGAAGCUGGGUUGUGUCAGAAAGUUGCCUGGUGAACAUGGAUCUGUUGAUGUAUGGUGGCAUCAGGUCACAGAUCCAUCUCAAGAGGGCCUGAAGAACUAGCUGUAUGUAACAUUUGCAGUCUGUUGGCUUUGGACUCUCUCCUCUUUGCAAUUUUUGAAUAAACAUAACCAGAAGGAUAUGAAAUUUGAAGGCAUUCCAUUUAGUGGUGGACUAGUACUCAUUUAGGGGUGCCUUUUUAAGGUGAAUCUACGUAACUCUUGCCUCAUUGUUCACAUGUUGAGUGAAAACUCUGAUAGCUUUAUUUCUCAUUUCCCCAAGUAUUUGGGAUAUAAUUCUUGAAUUUCCAUACAGUACUGCACAUGUCUAUAUCAUGUCUGAGGGAGCAGAUUUCCUGAUUCAUAUAUGCCACUCUCUUCUCAUUCUUCUAGAUGACAUCCACAAUCCAAAAUCUUUCUCUUUUAACUUUUUGCAUCUGUGAGACAAAGUAUAUCCAAGGAACACCCAUAGUGUGCAAAAAGUGUACUUGGAUUUACCAUAACUUGGACAGAUGACUUGUUCUUGAACACCUCUAGUGUCUUCUCCCAAACAAAACCAAAAACCCCACAUCAGGGAAACCCUACCACUUCUUUUCUCCUCUACCACAUGAUCAUGGCCAUGAAAAUUAGCUGAAAGCACUCCUCCGGAUUGGGAGAGGUCCAGAUCACUUACCUUUUAAAAUCUCUUAGUAUAAUAAUGAUAAAAAAGAAAGGGGGUUGCCAAAAACAGGGUUAUAAAAAUUCUGGUAUAUUGUAUUUAAAUACAAAUGUAUUUAAAUACAAGAUGUCACAUUUAACAAGUAAUGUUAUCAACACACACAUAUCGCGAGAUAAUUACAGGGUUUAUAAAAAAACAAUGAUUUAUAGUGCACUUCAGUAGACAGGUGCCCUGUAACGAAACACAAGUUGUAGAUGAGUGUAUUAUUCUUAGUAAUCCCGUCAAUGUUUUUUUGUGACUGUGUGUAGAACUUCAUGUGAAGAAAACUUUAAAAAUCUAAAUUUGAGAUUUUUCCUGAAUAUUAACUUUGGGCCAAAUGACAUAUAUUGGUGUCGCCCAUCUCCCACACCCACAUUAGGACUGUUGUGCAUUUACUAGAAACUGAUGGAAGUCAAUCUUAGUGAUAGAGGGCCUUAGAAUAUUACCUUUCCCAGCAUGAUUAGGGAACAAAGGCCCAUGGAGAGCCUGCGCCACAGAACCUCUGAACCUAACAGGGACCUGGCUCUGCUGUCCGAGUGGUGCCAUAAUUAGACUGGAAGCUGCUAUGUUGUCCCCAAGGCCUGGGCCACGGAAAGCGCUCCAGAGACCUCGCCAUUGACACAAGGAACAGGGGUCAGGAACCCGCCCGUUUCUCUCCGCCGCCGGGCCCCCGGAGCGAGGCGCGUCCCCUUGGCAACGGGAGAAAGCGCGAGGAGGGCUCCGGAGCCCGGCUGCUUGGGCCUGGGUGGGCCGGGCCGGGGCGGGGCUUGGCCGCCCCCCGCCCAAGCCGCUCGGUUCGGCAGAAGACGCACAGCGCGCCUGCGUCCCGCCUCGAGGAGCGAGGAGCGGCGCCGCGCGCAGCUGGAGCUUCUGGGCGCCAAUGGAGAACGAAGAAUUUCCAGGCUCGUCUGCGUUUACGGAUGGGCGUGGCGCGACAGAAAUAUCCGCUCCCUCCGAAGCCUUUCAGAAGCCCUUAGUACUCAGGCUCCUCGACGUGCACAAGCUUGAGGGGCUUGAGGAGCCCGAGGAACCCGAGGAACCCGAGGAACCCCAGGAGCCGGAAGAAGCCAACAAGCAGAGCCAGCGAGACCAAUGGAACGAGUUUGAUGAGCCCCAGGAGACAUCUGAACCCCAUACGCCCUAUGAGCCCCACGAACCCUAUGAGCCCUACGAGCAUUAUGAGCCCCACAAGCCCUAUGAGCUCCACGAACCCCAUGAGCCCCACAAAGCCUACGAGCCCCACGCACCCCGCAAGCCCCAUAAGCUCCGCAAGCCCCGUAAACCCCAGGAGUCCCAUGCUCCCCGAGAGCCCAAGCCCAGCGAAACGGAGUUGCUUCCCAGAGCUGCCGCCGUGGUGAUCUCCCCUUCUCUGAUGACCAGGUUCCCGCUAAGGAUUCCGCCAUCUUCCCUGAGCGAUCCUGGUCCCUGUGGCAUUGCAAGAAAAUGUUUUUUUUCUAGGAAGAGAAUCCAAGACCUUUCUAGGCCUAAAAGACAAUGGGGAACCCCAGAUAGAAAACUGUUUUGGGGGAAUCAAGAUCCUAUUUGCCCUAUUGCCCGGAUUGCUUUGAAAGCUCAGCUGACCAAAAGACUGGAGGACCUUGCCCAUCCCAAAGAAGUCUCCCACCGAUAUGUACCUAACAGGGCACAGUAUUACUACAGCUGUGGUAGAGAGUCUGUUAUCUGGGAGAUCCCUUCUCCUGCACUGUUUAGCCAACCCUCCAAAAGGAUCCAGAAGCUGGCACUGCCCAACAGAUUCAAGAAAGAAUAUCUAAUAAAGAGGCCUUACAAUGAUUACUUAACAAGAGAUUCUCUUCAAAUCGCUUAUCCUUCUGCCCGGAUAUUACAACUCUCAAUAGCCAAAGCCAUAAAUCCAAACUACGUUCCUCCAAAAAAGAUUGAAACCGAGAUUUCAGUUCCUGCCCUGACUGCUGUUGCCACUCCAAGAACUGUAGACCUUGCCCAUCCAAGGAUCAAGAUAGAGGGUCUGUGCUUUGAAAGAGAACGAAGUGAACUGCCCAUCCGUCCUAUAUCCCGUGCUGCCUUGCUAUACAAACCUAGCCCUCGAAUAAUAGCUCUAGCUAAGGCCAGGCCUCUUCAUCAAGAUUAUCUACCUGACCGUGAUGCCCACUGGCCAGUAUCUUAUGCUGCUAUCCAUUGCAAAAUAUCUCCCAGAAUUCAAGAACUAGCUAAUCCAAAUACAAGGUCUCCCGUGCACAUUAUAUAUUAUGAUCCAGAUGUCUUUAAAGUCAAGCCAGCUGCUUUGAAAACACAGUGUUCUCCAAGGAUCCACGAGUUGGCAGAACCUCUUGUGCGUUAAAUACAGAAAGCCACGUCAGUCAGACUCUAGUUAUGUGUCUAGAAAACAUAUUAGGUGACUUAGUUCCCUACUCUGGUCCCAUCACCUUAUAUUCCCACAUCCCCCCGAAAACCAUAGAGACCUCCAGGGAAUACCACUGUGACCAUCGAAUAGCAAUUCCUGCUGUUACCUGUAGUCAUGUCUUUAGCAGAUUUGGAGACUCGAGCACGCAAUAAAAGAGAAACAGAGAGCCUGCCUUAUCCUUACUAUAUCUCCUCACAAGUAUCUUGGCCAUCUCAUUGCUCUGACUGACCUGAAGAAACACUUCCUUAUGUUUGCUGGGUUUGUUUUUCUUUUCCUGGAGAAAUCCAUAUUCCCCAGACUCUGCUCAUUCCCUGCUCUAAUAAGUCCUGGGAAUUGAAAUAAUUCUUUGUGUUGCUUUUCCAACCUCCCCUCCUUAAUGGAGAAGUAACACUGAAAUGGCGAAACCUUUUGGGAUAACUUGAAAUGCGUUUCAUAAUCUGUAGAUGAAGUUUAGGGAACAGGUUACCUUAAAUAAUCACCCCUGCCCCAAUCUCUGUUCCUUCACUCAGGCUGCGUCAUUUAUCAGGAAUGACAGAGAAAGCAAGGUAUUUGGUAAGCAUUAUAAUUCUCUGUCAAAUUACACCUGCCCAGAGUUUUUUUUUUUUUAUUUAAUUGUUUUCUAUUUACCCCAAAGAUACAAAUGUAGGGAUCUGAAGGGGUACGUG